AUGGCCAAGACUGAUUGGGUGGAAACCCAGACCCGAACGUUUACCAACUGGAUUAAUAGUAAACUGAGAUCUAUCGAUGAAGCCCCCAUCAAAGAUAUUCGAAAGGACUUUUCAGACGGAUUGAAACUACUUAAACUACUGUAUGCCCUGAGCGAGGAUACCAGUCUUCAGCCUGUUCAUUCAAGACCGUUCUUAUCUGUUCAAAAGAUGGAAAAUGUUGCUGUGAGCUUGGAGUUCAUGAAGUUCAAUGGGUUGCAGUUGCAUAACAUUGGCUCUGAUGAUAUAGUGGAAGGAAACUUGAAAUUGUUAUUGGGAUUAAUCUGGACUAUUAUUUCUCAUUAUACUAUCGUCAAGCAUUCAAGUGAUUCGAAAGACCGCGGCUUUGGCGAUAAGCGUUCAUUCUUAUUGGCGUGGGUCCAAUCCGUAACGAGUAAAUACAAUGUUCAUGUGUCAAAUUUUUCAACCAGUUGGAAUGAUGGCAAGGCCCUGUCUGCUCUGUACGCAGCUCAUUGUAGUGGUAAAUUCCAGUUCUCCAAUCAAGAUUGGUCUGAUAGAAAACUGGUGAUUACGACCGUCUUAACAUUGGCGGAGCAUGAACUGUGUAUCCCAAAGUUGAUUCAGCCUCAAGAUCUAUUGCAAGUUGAGCCGGAUGAGAAAUCAGUCAUGUUGUAUAUUGUGGAAUGGUAUAUGAGGUUUGCACAUACCUCUGAAUCGAGUUUGGGUUCGAUUUCUCGUUCGGCGUCAGCUAACUUUAGUAUUGACGAACCGAAUACUCCCGACACUGAAUACACUAUCGAUGAACAAUUGCAUAUUACGAAGUUUGUCAAGGUGACAGAAUCGUUAAAAAGACUACAAGGUGCUUUCGAUACCAGGGCUGAAGCUCUUGUGGAACGAAUCAAACUUUGGAUCCGUCAUUUUGAGACUUUGUAUCUGAAAUAUGACGAAUAUGAGAAACUAGAUGAAAUAGACACACAAUCGAUUGACAAACUUGUUGACAUCCUAGUGAAAGAAAGAUCCAAUCUACUUGACUUUAGCAGUUCCGAGAAGUUGCCCAUGCUGCAAGAAAGAGUCGAAUUGAGAACGUUACUAAGCAAGAUUAAAAUUAAAACUAGUCGAUACGCAUUUGCUCCAUACAAUCCGGAUAUCACACUUCACGAUAUAGACAAUCUUUGGACAUCUUUAUUGCAAAUCGAGUCCACCUUUUCCACAAUAACUGAUGACCUUACCAGAAAUGCUCAAGCCACUGUGUAUUCUAGAUUUUUUUCAAAAGUCAACGAGUUCCAACAGCAUGUUUUCACGCAGAAUAAGAAACUUUUUGAGGUUCUCUCAAUGGAUAGCUUAGAAUAUCAAGUGGAAGAACUCAAGAAGCUUUCUGAGCAAAUCAAGAAGUUUGAUUCUUUGUUUCUUGAGUUAUCACUUCUUUUUGAAAAGCUUGAAAAAUAUCACACUGCUCACCUACUGACUAAUAUGGAGUAUGAUGAGUGCAAGCUUCAGUUCAACGAGUUGGAAAAUUGGCUGACCAACAUUUUCAAGCUACAGAUCAUCGAUAGACUCAAGUUCAUAGAAGAAGAGUACGCAUGCUCGACGGACUCAUAUGAUAUACCUGACUGGCAACUAAAUAAUUGCAAACAACUUUUUCAAGAAUGCGAUAUCGGGGCCAAGGGAUAUCUCAAUAAGUCUGAGUUUACCACUUGUAUGGAGAGGGUUUUCAACGACGAUAACAAACUUCCCGUAUCGGAGAUUCAUGAAAUUUUUGAAUCGGAUAUAAAUCAGAACAACAAUACAUUGCGUGGGUUGAAGCUGGAAGCAUUUCUUUCAACGGUAGGUUCCUUACUGGAGAAUGAAACCAUUGAAUUGGACAAAGAGCUAAGCUCGUCAUUGCAGAAAUAUUUCAAAACUUUGAAUGAAAAUGCUCAAGGAUACGAUAAGGUCCAGCAGAUAGUAACGGAGCUUACUAAUGCCCCGUUGAGCCAGUUUGUUGUAGACCUGGAGAGAUUAUCAAUUGAUAGUAGGAACGAACAAUAA